UCAAACCCCCCAUAGUUUUGACUGAUUUAACUGUUACUGAUACAAAAUCAAAUCGAGAGAAGAAAAAAAAUCCCCAAAUCUGAACCCUAAAAAAUGGAGAUGAUAUGGGGAAAGACGUGGGCUUUGAUGGGUUUGCUUCUUUUGAAUUCGGUGUGUAACGUUGCAUCACUUUCGGUGACCGUAACCGACGUCGAAUGCGUGUACGAAUAUGUGAUUUACGAAGGAGACACGAUUUCCGGCAACUUUGUUGUCGUUGACCACGACAUUUUCUGGGGAGCUGACCACCCUGGCAUCGAUUUCACUGUGACAUCUCCUGGGGGUAAUACUGUUCACAGUUUGAAGGGGACAUCCGGGGACAAGUUUGAAUUCAAGGCUCCUCGAAACGGAAUGUACAAAUUUUGUUUUCACAAUCCCCACUCUACACCGGAGACUGUUUCUUUCUAUAUUCACAUCGGUCAUAUUCCCAACGAGCACAAUCUUGCCAAAGAUGAACAUUUGAACCCAAUUAGUGUUAAAAUUGCUGAGUUGAGAGAGGCUUUGGAAUCUGUCACGGCAGAACAAAAGUACUUGAAGGCACGCGAUACUCGGCAUCGUAAUACGAAUGAGAGCACAAGAAAGCGAGUUAUAGGAUACGCAGUUGGAGAGUACAUUCUGCUAACUCUAGUUAGUGCACUCCAAGUUAUGUAUAUCCGCCAUCUCUUCAGCAAAUCUGUUGCAUACAACCGAGUUUGAGCUGCUUGAUGGCUGAUUACUAGUUUCGUUUGUGUUUCAUUAACCAGAGGAUCAUAGAGGGCGAUUCCCAUAGAUGAGUUUACGAAAGUUAUGCCACCAAACAUUUUGUUAUAUGUGUUUAUUCGAGUCGUCGUAUUUUAAUUACAGUUUGACUUUUAAUGUUUUAAACUUCUAUCAAUUUGACCCUUUUUUUAUA